AGCAAAACUGCUAAAAAUCCUCUCGAGCUAAAAAACCUGCUGUCAUCACACGCAAGCGUCAAUUCUGACGUGCUGCUUCCCCCGAGAACGUUUCAUUCAGGCUGUUUAGAAAAGGGAUCCACCCCAGUACCAGGCAGUUGGACAGUCAUGCAGAUGCACUGUUAGCGGAGCGAAAACGGAUUACAGGAUAAUGAUGAGCGAUAUAUCAAGAUAAUCAACCAAUUAUCAAAAUAAAUCACAAGACCUAGGUAACGUGAUAUGUGGUGUUUUCCCGCGGUAAUGUAAAGAUGGCGAGAGUGCUCCACAACUUGUUCAUGUUUACUAUGACACUCAUUCUGAGGAUCCGAGUUUUGGGGUAUUGGUCGUUGAUAUACGGUUAUUGUGCCCUCUGCACUGCCGUAGCUCUGCUGAAACUUUGGUGGAACAUAAUUUUAAGGCCGUCAACAACCUUCCAUUGGGGAAUUCGCGAAACUCCCCCUGCUUGCCUGAAUGACACGUCCUUGGGAACCCACUGUUACGUUAGAAUAAAGGAGUCUGGUCUGAGGUUUCACUAUGUUGCUGCUGGAGAGAGAGGAAAACCGCUCAUGCUCUUUUUACAUGGCUUCCCUGAGUUCUGGUUUUCCUGGCGCCAUCAACUGCGUGAGUUUAAGAGUGAGUUCCGUGUGGUGGCUGUUGACAUGAGAGGCUAUGGGGAGUCCGACAUGCCAUCAUCCACAGAGAGCUAUCGCUUUGACUACCUGGUCACAGACAUCAAGGACAUUGUAGAAUACCUUGGUUAUAACAGAUGCUACCUGGUCGGCCAUGAUUGGGGAGGGACCAUUGCAUGGCUUUUCGCCAUUCACUACCCCGAGAUGGUGAACAAACUCAUCGUGCUAAACUGUCCCCAUCCCUCUGUUUUCACUGACUAUGCCCUGCGUCAUCCCAGCCAGCUGCUCAAGUCCAGCUAUUUUUUCUUCUUUCAGCUGCCUCGCUUUCCAGAGGUCAUGCUAUCGAUCAAUGAUUUCAAGGCGCUGAAGGGCCUGUUCACCAGCCGUAGUACAGGCAUUGGGAGGAAGGGACGCUGGCUUACUGCAGAGGACAUGGAGGCCUACCUGUAUGCCUUCUCCCAGCCAGGGGCCCUCACUGGGGCCCUAAACUAUUACAGGAAUGUCUUCAGCUCUCUCCCACUCAGCCAGAAUGAUGUCAAAUCCCCAGUGUUGUUGUUAUGGGGUGAGAGGGACGCCUUCCUGGAACAGGAGAUGGCAGAGGCUUGUAGGGUCUACAUCCGGAACCACUUCAGACUCAACAUCAUCUCUGGAGCCAGCCACUGGUUACAGCAGGACCAGCCAGACAUCGUCAACACACUCAUAUGGACCUUCCUCAAAGAGGGAGAGGGACGUAAAACGUACAGAAACUGAAUCUAGUUAGGGCUUCGUCCCAAAUGGCACUCUAGGGUGCUAUCUGGGAUAUAAUCUAGAACAAAGCCCCCAGCCCCUCCCUCAGCACCAGCCAGCCCAAACACUGGAAGCCUGGAAUAUGCCUGUGAAAAAAAAAAAAGUAACAAUAAUGCAGUCAUUAUUUUAAUCUUCAAACAUUUCAGAUAUUUUUUUAAGAUGUCGAAGGAGAAGUGAAAGAGAAGAAAAGCACAUUUUAUUGAGAGGACACUGAAUAAUCCCGUAGUCUGUUAGACACAUAUUCAAGACUUUUUUGCACAUGACAUCCGCCUUAAAGUUUGUAGGUUACAACAUUACAAAUGUGUGGCAAAAUCUUGUGAGUUUGUAUUGUGUGGUGCCUUUUUACGUAAAGUUGUGUAAUGAUUUGCGGCGUUGUAAAGUAAUGUGUAAUGAUCUGCGACGUCGUAAAGCUGUGCCAUGUCUUCUGAGGUUGGGCUGUGGCGUUUGUCCGCUAUAUGUGUCACUGGAUUGCUCCUCUCUAUUUUGGACACAAUCCUUUGGGAUCUUUCUUUUCCCACACCCUGGCUUCAUCCCAAAUGACACCCUGUUCCACUGUUCUUCAUUGCGAGGCCCGCGGGCUGCAGGUGGCCCCUGCUAGGCCGUCUGUGCUUCCCUUGAUGUGUCCACCAUUGCAUUAAGGGUUGCAUUAUCUGGUCUUGUGCUGGCCCCCAGACUGAUGUCUUAGAACAUUUGUGAAGAACACUGCCCUAUUCCCAUAUUUAGUGCCCUACCUUUGACCAGAGUCCCCUUUUGUCACUAGUAGUACACUUUACAGGGAAAAGGGUUUGCCAUUUGGGAUGCGGACUCUCUCUAUCAGGUAGUGUUGUCUUCGAAAUAUGUUGUUCUUUUGUAUUUGUUUGACAAUAUUUGCUCAGAUAAUUGAGAAUGUUGUUAUAAUGAGAUUCCUAUAUAGAACAACAGUGAUGGUUAAAUAUUGUACACUUUUUUCUAUCUCUUCCUACACACUGCAUUUUGAAAUCCACUGAGCCAGGUCUGCGCCAUUUUGAUUUUUUAAGCAAAUAAACUAUAAUGUGAA